AUGGGUACGGGGGCUGGGGUUCUGUGGGAGUGGGGUAGAAAAAACCAUAGGAAGGGGACGAUGGGUCUCGAUGGGGAAAGGGGGGAGGUGAAGAAAUCAGUGGGGGUAGGUUUUUGGGUUCUGCCCAGGCAGAAUGGGUUGCUGGGGGAGGGGGGCGAUGGGUUUCUGGGUUUUGCUUAG